GAAGAGCAAGGAAGUAGUGUGGGGUUGACAGGCCCAAUUAUUUACUUCCUUUAACGCCGCUGUUCCCUCUAGAACUUUCUGUGGUUUCAGACGAAAAGGACGGAGAGUGGACCCAUGGCAACUUGCGGGCGUUACUCUGAUAGUUUCAUAGAUGAGGAUCCUAGGAGGGCCCUUGAGGAACUAAAUGAAGCAAUUGGAGAGAAAGCAGAUAAUGCUGAAUGGCUCUGCCAGCGAGCUUAUGCCUAUAUUCUGUUGAAAGAGUACACCAAAGCAAUUGAUGAUGCCAAGAAAGCCCAAGAGCUGCAGCCAGGACUAGCACUUUCCUUUCUAAGAAUAGGAAUUGCGGAGUAUCACCUUCAUAACUUUGUUACUGCUCAUCAGGCCCUCACAGCAGGAAGAGAGCUUGACGGUUCUGUUGAAGAAUUUCAAACAUGGAUGCAGCACUGUGAAAAUGAAAUGGCGACACACAUUCCAAACAAAACUUCAGAUUUGCAGCAGCAAACUACAACCCAUGUCAAACAUGACUGGUACCAGACAGAGUCUCAAGUUGCAGUUACCAUCAUGGUAAAAAAUGCCAAGAAGGAGGGUGUGAUUGUCAGCUUUGGUGAAAGGGAGCUGACAGCUGUGGUAAAGCUUCCAUCAGGAGAGGAUUAUUCUCUGAAGGUUCAUCUUCUUCAUCCUAUUGUCCCUCAGCAAAGCACAUACAAGAUCCUUUCAACCAAGGUAUGAUUAAAACAUGCUUGU